AUGGGAGCACUAAGUAGUCGGAUGCCCUGGAACAGAGGGGGGCGUGCCCCAGAGGAGCCAGGUGCCCCUGAGGGGGAGGAGGAGGCUGAGGAGGUAGCAGUGGCAGCGAUAGAGGAAGAGGAGGAGAGUGAAGAGGCGAUACCCAGCACUAGUCAAGGGGGCCACAAGCGGAAGACAGGCCCAGGAGGGCAGCUCACAAAAGCGCCCCGCGGGAAGCGAGCAAAAGACAGUUUAGGGUCCGUUUAUGAGGCACUUUUUCUGAGAGGAGAAGGGAGUGACGUGCAGAUCCGUGCCCUGGGGCAGGAGUGGAACCUGCACAAGGUCAACUUGUGCCAGUCAGGAUACUUUGCUAGCAUGUUCAGUGGUGCUUGGCGUGAGACAACCAUGACUACUGUAGAGUUGCAGAUGCCUGACGAGAACAUUGAUUGUGAGGCGCUGCAUGAGGCUUUAGGUUCCCUGUACCGAGACUCUGUGCUCAUCCCACCCGGUCGAGUGGUCCCCAUGCUGGCCGCAGCCAGCAUGCUGCAGCUGGACACGCUGAUUCAGCAGUGCAGAGAGAUCAUGAAGGACACCGUCAAUGAUCAGACCGUGUGCAGCUACUACUACUCUGCUGAGAGCUACGGACUCCAGAACAUCAGGGCCAUGUGUCUUCAGUGGCUGCUGGACAACCUGAUGACCCAGCAUAGUGAGGAGUUAUUGAGAGAAGUUAGCCCGGAUCUCAUGAAAGAGGUCAUUGCCUCUUCGGAGCUCUUCGUGAUGGAGGUAGAGAUGGAUGUGUACACCACGCUGAAAAAGUGGAUGUUCCUGCAGCUGCAGCCGACAUGGAGAGGCCCCCACAGAGACCUACUGCCUGACGCCGACUCGUGGUUUGCUGGCUCCAGGCAGGAGUCAGAGGGCACCCCUUUCCUGGAGACCGAGCAGGGCAGAGCCUUCGUGCCAGUGUUCCAGCAGCUGCGGCUUGCCUACAUAAUCUGCGACCUGCCAUCAGCACGCGUCAUCGACCAGGAUGCGCUGAUCCCUGCCACGUGGCUGACCCCAGUGUACAAAGAGCAGUGGCUUGCCCUCCUCCGGGCUGAGCAGACCAGAGAGCUCGGGCCCACAGAUGUCUACGUGUCCGACCUCCAGAGGACCAGCAUGCGGUGCGGGGGCCGGCUCUUCAGGGAUGAGGAGUGCAGCUGGCGGUGGGCAGGCUUCAACUUCGGCUGGGACUUGGUGGUGUGCUAUGCCAACCGGCGCAUCAUUUUCAAGCGCAGUGCGCUGAACAAGUCUUGCGGUCUUGGGGUCAGCUUACUCUGGCAGAGAAAGGUCGCGUUCCGCCUGCGCCUGGCCUCCUUGGACAGGGCUGGAAGAGCCAUUCUCCGGAGGGAGACAGAAUACCAGGUGCUUUCCCUGGGAAAGGAUGAAGAGCUAGAGGUAGUCAAUCUGGAGAACGAAGAUGUGGUUUUCCCCAUAUAUGUGACCUGUAAUUUCCUGUACCUCCCCAGAGAGGGGCAUUUUCCUGAGUGAGGACCCCUGAAAACAAAAUCUCAGAGAGGUGAGCAGCUCUUUUCCUGGGGUCAGGGGCGACCAGCUUUGUCCAGAUGCCAGCUCCUUCUGCGGGACCAACGGGACUUGCCCACCUCUGGUGGCCCAGUUCUGUCAGUGUCUUUGUUGAACUGUAGCCCAUGAUAUUUGAGAUUGUUUACCUGAGCCUAUGAAGAGGAGAAACUUUAAAGCCCCCCUCCCCCAACACCUUUAUAACUUAUUUGUGCUGUUAAGGUGGCAACUUGUCCUCCUGGUUUACCAUCCAUCAGUGCCCCCUCCCAUCAUUUCUGCAAAGUCAAAGACCAGUUGACUUUAGAGAGAACCUGUGAACCUACCUACUCUACUACUGUUAGUGAAACUCUUUUAAAAUAUGCAUUUCCUUUAGUGUGAUUAAAUGAAUGUUAAAGAAA